CGUAUCGAGCACGCCCAGGGCAACGACGGCCGUCCCCACCACACCCUUAAUCACAACAACCACCACACCCAAACCACCUCCUACAACAACAGCAACAACAACAACAACAAAAACAACGACGACCACCACUACUACCACUUCAACGAUGGCGCCAAAACCAAGCACCAUGACCACCACACGCGCAGCAACGAUCCCAAUCACAACUACCACCACUCCCAAAGUAACCCGACCCGCGCCCACGACUACCACAACACGGAGACCGAUCACAACUACCACCACUCCUAAAGCAUCCAGAACAACGACCACCACUCCGAAACCAAAACCAAGUACCACGCUCAAAAUCACCACAAAAGCAGUUGCGACGCCCGCGGCCACGACGACUGCUCCGCCGACGGAGAGGGUGACGUUGGCGCCGGCGCCGCUACCAGUGACGGCGAAGGGGAAGGACAAGAAGCGCAAGAAGGAGGAGAAGCCGACGACGGCGAGAAUGACGUCGCCGACGUACGCAACCUCGACACCGCGGACGCCGAGCUCGUCGCAGGCGCCGAAAACCCCCAGGACGCCGCUGACGACCACCUCCCGGACGCCGAUGACGACCACCUCCCGGACGCCGAUGACGACCGCCUCCAGGACGCCGAUGACGACCACCGCCCGG